AUGACUGCUCCCAACAAUCUCGUGAUGCUGUUUUCUGUCCUGAUGUCAGGGGUGAUUUCGAAGCCCCUGAUACCGACUCCUACCCACCUUCCGACCCAGAGGAGCUGUCAAAUCAGCCAAUUCAAGUCUCUUUCACCUCGGGAGAUGGAAGCCUUCAAGGUGGCCAAGGAUACCUAUGAGGAGUCCAUGCUUCAGACAGAGAGGAAAUGCAGCUCCAAAUUCUUCCACAGGAACUGGGACCUUCGACAAUUACCGCUAUCAGAUCGUCCCAGAGUCUUAAAGGCUGAACUGUACUUGACUCUGGAGGUCUUGAAAGCCAUGGAUAACCCCGACCUGGAGAGGGUUCUGGCUCAACCCCUACAAACCCUCAGCCACAUCAACCAGGAGAUCCAAAGCUGCGUUACUCCCCUGCCCUCUAGAGGUUACAAGCUCCCCGGCCGCUUGAAGCACUGGCUACAUAGGCUCAGUGAGUCCAGGAAAAUGGAAUCUCAGGGAUGCCUGGAGGCUUCAGUCAUGCUGAACCUCUUCCGACUGCUGACCCAAGACCUCCGGUGUGUGGCCUACGGGGACCUUUGUUGA